AAAAAACAAAGUGUAAAUAAAUCGAACAAAAAAUAAAAAAGAAUUAAAAAAUAAGUAAAUAAAAAGAAACAAGUUUCGAUAGUUUUGGAAGGAACGAUCCUUCUUCAACAGAACUAAGAUACAAGUUGUCAAAAAUGAUUAGUUUGAAGAAUGUGAUCAAUGUCAUCGUAUUAUUAAAUUUAAUAUGUCUUGGAUCAAUCAUUUGUCAGGAUUUUAAGUUGAAUGAUCCUGCAGUACAUGAGCCGGAUUUUGAAAUUCCGGAGUACGUAAUACCAUGUUCACAAAAGGAUCCCAAAGUCGAAGUAUGCGUGGCAAAAUCGAUUAACCAUCUGAAACCGUAUUUAAUAAAAGGAAUACCGGAGUUGGAUUUGCCAUCGAUCGAACCACUACAUAUAUCGGAAUUGCGUAUGGACAAUGGUCAGGGUGCGGUCAGAGUUAGCGCAUUAUAUUCCAACAUUACCGUUAAUGGUGCGAGCAAUUACAAUGCCACGAAAGUACGAGUAGAUUUGAAAAAUUUGAGAUUUGAUCUUCACCUAACCAUUCCCAAGGUCGAGUUGCAAGGUCGUUACGAAAUUGCUGGAAAUGUUCUUUUGUUUCCAAUUAAAAGUCAUGGAGACUUUUGGGCAUUGUUUGGUGACAUAGCAGCAGUAGCACGUACCCAAGGAGCAAUACAAAUUCGUGAUGGUGUACGUUACAUAGAAUUCACUAAAUUACUCAUAGAUUUUAGUCUUGGACAUGCAAGAUUUCGUAUUAACGACGAAUUAAAUGGUAACAACGUUAUUGGUCAAGCGAUGAAUCAGUUUCUCAAUCAACAUGCGAAAGAGAUUAUCGAAGAAAUGAGACCGGCUGCUAGUAGUAGCAUUGCCAAACACUUCUUAUCAUUUAUUAACACGGCUUUCAAUAAGAUACCACUUAAAGUUUGGUUAAAUGACGUAUAAAUGUACAACGAUUACAAAUAUAUAUUUUUAUGUUUCAAUAAUACAAUAACAAAAAAUAAAUAUAAUAAAAUAAAAAGAAGGAAUAAGACGAACAAAAAUAAGAUCGAAUAUGUACGACGUACGAAUAUCGAAUGAUUAUUAUAAUAUUUGUUCGGUUAUUUGAAUAUUUUCAUAUACGUGUACAUGUAAAUUCUUAAUUUAAAAAGAAAAAAAAAAUAGGAAUACGUUUCAAAAUUUGUUUUCUUUUUUUAUAAAUCAUUUAUAGAGAUACGUAAAUAACUCGCAUGCGUUCUUUGCAAAGAUACGACAUGUGCAGUAUGAUUAUAUUCGAGACGUUCAAUGAAAUCAUACCAAAUUAAUUAACGAACGAUAUUUCGUGGUUUUCGAAAAAUGUUCGUUACCUAUAAAAUUGUUAUAAAACAAAACAAAUAACAGAAGAUUUAUUAUUAAUAACAAUUAGUUUCGUAAUGUUUAACUCAGAAUUAUUUAGAUCUCUAUAGUACGCGUGUGUGCGUACACACAUACAUACACACAUAUAAAUAUUUAUAAAUAUAUAUAUAUAUAUAUAUAUAUAUAUAUAUGUAUAUGUAUAUACACAUAAGUAACGAUCAAUAGUUUCGUCAGAUUUCAUUCGAUAUAAAUUGUAAAAAUAAUUAAUAUCGAUCUCACACUUUUAGAAAAUUUGUUAUCCAUGGUGUUGUAUAUAGUUUUUCAUAAAAGACAAACAAAUUAAACGAAUAAACGAAAGUACUUAAAAACAAACAAGUAAUUCAAAGUAAAAAAAACUUUAGCAACU